AUGUCUGGUCCACAAGCACCACCAAGUAACCUGAGGGAAAAUGUGCUUCGGGUGCUUUUCAUCUCAUUGCUGCUAGACUUGAUUUCCUUUACAUUUAUUCUUCCGCUUUUUCCAAAAUUACUAGAAUUCUAUCGCGAGCUUGAAAUCGGACGAGGAGACUCAAAUUCAGCUCUUACCCACAUCCUCGCCGGCCUUAACGCGUACAAGCAAGCGUUUGCCCGUCCCAUUAAUGACCGUUACGAUAUUGUCCUCCUGGGCGGCGCUCUCGGUUCACUCUUCUCCUUUCUGCAGUCUAUUGCUUCGCCAGUAAUUGGACGGUUGUCAGAUCGAUAUGGCCGACGCACUGCUCUGCUGUGGUCCAUGGUCGGGAAUAUUAUCUCUGUCGCGCUCUGGCUUGUCGCGACCGACUUCCGGACGUUCCUUGCCAGCCGUGUCGUGGGCGGAUUGAGUGAAGGCAAUGUGCAGCUAGCGACGGCAAUUGCGGCGGAUAUUAGUGAUGAGAAGCAACGAGGGUCAACGAUGGCGCUGGUCGGAGCGUGCUUCUCCAUUGCGUUUACCUUUGGCCCUGCUCUUGGCGCUAGCUUGUCCAAGAUAACGGUGGUGACUAGCAAUCCUUUUGCAGCCGCGGCUGGCUUCUCACUGUUUUUGAUUGUGACAGAAACUAUCUAUCUCUAUGUUUCUCUCCCGGAAACUCUUCCUCAGGUGACUGGGCCAGGCAAAGAGGAGUCGUCGAGUGAGAAGAAGCCUGAGCCCGCCCACGUACGCACCAACUCGCAUGCCUUGCUCAAUGCUACACAUUUUCUCUUCAUUCUGUUCUUUUCCGGCAUGGAAUACUCUCUCCCAUUCAUGACCUAUGAUUUGUUCUCGUACGGCUCGGCGAACUCUGGACGUCUCCUGGGUUUCAUGGGCCUCAUCGCGUCACUCUUCCAGGGCGGGGUAACACGGCGACUCCAUCCUCUGCGCGCUGUGCAAGCAGGAGUUGUAAGCUGCACAAUUAGUUUCUUUCUAUUGGGGCAAGUCCGCACUGAAGGAGGCUUGUACGCGGCUGCGGCACUGCUGGCAGUGACGACAGCAACCGUGGUAACAGGCCUCAAUAGCCUCAGUAGUCUUGAGGCGCGUGCUGCAGAGCGAGGUCAGCGCCUGGGCAAUCAUCGCAGCUUUGGUCAAAUUGGUCGUGCGCUUGGACCGAUCAUCUUUUGUUCACUCUACUGGUGGGCUGGCCGAAGCGUGGCCUAUCUGGUGGGCGGCAUGGGCAUGUUGGGCGUAUGUGGAAUCGUGUUUGGCGCUCUCCGUGCUCCUGUUUUGGCAGCAAAGGGGCAAUAA